UGCCAUGACCCGCGCGGGAACGGCAGCGCUCGCGGUGUGCGCCUGCCUCCUGGCCAUAGCCGGCGCCGCCCCCAGCGCCGCCCCCGGCGCCCUACUGGACGACGUCAUGGAGUCGCUGUACCGCGUGAUGCGCUUCCUGCUGGCGCACCCGCAGGACCUCAUAGUGGACACCGUCUUCGGCGUCGUCGUCGCCAAAGGUCAGCUGAGGGGACUGCAGGACCAAGUACCCAAGUACCCGGACAGGUUCGUCUCGACGCCCAGCAGGCGGGUGUACGUCCUUCUGGCGGCCAGACUCCUCGAGACCAUGUGCGAGGAGGUGGCGAUGGUUGCGCCCCCAGAACCUCCCGAGAACACCACUUACAAGAUGAUAGCGGACAGGCUGCUGCAGUUCCAGCUGUGGGAGAUGCGCACACCGAUGCGCAGUGGGAUGCUGAUGGACACGGACGCGUACAGACGCUGGGAGGACCCGUUGAGGAACUACACCCGGGGACGGGCCCUCACGCUGGAGCAGUACGCGACGGUGUUGCUGACCGGGACCCCCAACGAGCUACAGUCGGACCACUGCAUCGUGGAGCUGCUCAACUCGUCCUCCUCCUCCUCCCCCUCCUCCUCCUCCUGCGAACCCUCUGAGGAGUGUCGGCGGAUAGAGGAGCGGGGGCGCAGGCCCACCGGGUACGCCACCACGCACCGCCUGCUCUACCUCCAGAUCGCCCGCCAGGUUGGCUGCGGCGGGUCGCCCUACUUCGCGAACACGGCCUUCAGGAUCGCGGAGCUGUGCGCGGCCAUACUGCGGGAGGCAGAGUUCAUCGCGAGCCUGGGAGUUCCCGCGCCGCUCGAGGACAUCUUCAUAGAGCAGGUGACGCUGUGCGGGAUUGAAGGUUUCGCCGAGUUCGUCCGACCGGAGUGGAUUCGGAAGAUCAUGUCUCUGCAGAGACCCGAAGGAUGCUACGGCGGCGUAGCGGAGAUGACGUCCCGGACAGAAAGCUCGCGCGUAAAACGGAACGACCUGCGGACGGCGCACGGCUGCAUGAUGCACGAGACGGGUCUGGCCGCCGCGGCGCUGAGUCUGUCGGCGCGCGCCCUCGUCGAGAUGCGCGGCCUGUAGGCGACUGCGACUGCGACUGCGACUGCGACUGCGACCGCGACCGCGACCGCGACCGCGACCGCGACCACGACCGCGACCGCGACCGCGACCACGACCGCGACCGCGACCGCGACCGCGACUGCGACUGUGACGGCGACUAAGACCCAUCCUGCAAUUGCACGUAAACGGAUACGUAUCUCCCUGAACAUUCCUCUAUAGCGGCUCUGCUGUUUCCACAGUGCACGGGAACUUACAGACGGCAACGAAUGAUAAUUUACUUUCAAGGUUACGAAAUACUAAAUUAAAUUUUAUAAAAUAUAUAUAUUUAGCCUCCAGGAGCACAGGCACGUAACAAAAAAUAAACGGCAAAGUAACAACAUAGACACUAGGUAUUAUUACACUUGAAUCCAUUUUUAACACAUUUCUAACACAAACAAAAUAUGGCCAACGCCGCUAUUGGUCGCACGCAGCGACGUAAACGCGAGACGUCAAGCAUUGCCGAGCUAAUACGUCUUAGUGCCGUUGUAGAAACUCUGUUCCGUGAGAUUUGUCUACAUUUUUAGCGAUCCGUUUCCGUGUCAUUGUAGAACAAGCUUAGAGCUGAGCUCUUCCGUCUACGUCGCUCCGUGCGACCAAUAGAAGCAGAGUAUUUGGCUGCGGCGGUAGCCAUGUUUGCUUAUGUUCUAAAUAUGUUAUAAAUUGUUACAAGUUUAAGUUUAUUUCGUUUUUUAUUAAUACUUUGUGGUAUACCUACAUAUAUUUUCAUUACACAUAUAAAUUCUGUUCGUGCUAUAAUCUCGAAGCAUAUAUAUUUUAUAUAUAUAUAUAUAUUUCUAAUUAAAUUAAUAUUUUGUAACCUUGAAACGCAAUCUCGUUGCUUGCCAUUUGUUGCGUUUCCGUGCAUUCUGGAUGCAGAAGAGCCUCUAUAGUAGAAUUUUCCGUGAGAUCCGUCUCCGUUUCCAAGCCAUUGUAGAGCGGGCCUAAAGCUGGGUUUAAAAACUACGCAAAGAAAUCAAUAACGCAACACGCAAUUGACGCAAGAAAAUCACAGUUCUUUACGAAGCACGCAAAUCGCAAGAAGUCGCCAACUCUGUAACUUAAUAAUUGUAUAACAGCAUACUUUUCCGGGUUUAUUUUCAUAACUCAUAUUUAUAGUGAAAACAACACACUUUAAUAAUUUUCUUUUCUUUCAUUGUGUGAAAGUUUAAGAACUAUAAAUAUAAUGUCGGUAUAUUAAUUAAACGGACAACAUGGGCUUCUUUACAAAUAAAGUCUGGGUCUUGAAAUGUUUUCGGAACACUUCCCUUCCAAUAUGGCCGUCUGGAAGGCAAGCCAAAACGCAAGAAAGCAGGGAUUUGAACAAUACUUGUCUUGCGUUAUUGCGCUUUGCGUAGUUUAUAAAUACGCACCUUAAAAAACGGUUGCUGUACAUUUUUUCUUCUAGCGUUCUUGAGUAGUUCAUAAACUAGGCCUGGGGCCGGGUUUAUAAACUACGCAUUAAACGCAACACGCAAAAAAAAUAUUUCAAUAAUGACGUCAUAUACCUUAUUAUAAAAUUGCAAGCAUCUGCCAACUUUCAACUUCUUACGUGUUUUGCCUUGCGUUUCCGCCUUCCAUGUUUGAAGCGGAGUGUUCCGAAAACUUCUGAAAACGCAGACGUUAUGCUCAUAGAAGGUAACAAUUUGGUCCUUACGAUACACAUCACGUAUUCGCUUGGUAAACUUUCACAAAGUAUUAAGAAAAAACACUUAAUAAAAUUAUUCUAAAUUCAUUAUUUUAUCUUGAUAAACAUGAAUUAUCUAAAGAAGCACGGUUAGCAAAUUGGGUUUAUACUGUUUUAAAAUCUCAGGUUGUCGGGUUAGAGACGUCUCGUGCCUUCCCUGCUUUAUAAUCGCCCGUGAUUUUAUUGCGUUGUUUGCGUGUUGCGUCGUUGCGUUGUUAUUUUUCCCUUAAAAGGAGAAGGACGUAAGAUAACCUAAGGGGGCGAGAGUGAAUACAUGCGUACGUUGACACACAAUUUAAUGUACAAUUUUAAAUCCAAUAAAACAUGAUCACAACAA